GUAAAAGACAACCAUGAUAGACGCCUUAUCCUGUCUAUGUAGUGGAGAUAACACUACUUUUCAUAAAAAACUACAACAAAAGAAUCAAAUCCUCAAAGAGUUAGAAAGAAAUCUGGAUUUACUUAAAGUGACUAUUGAAUUCAGCUAUUUUGGAUUCACAGAUGCUUAUUCCUAUGAUUUACAAAGAGACACUGUAUGCUCCAAUGAUGCCCUCAUUCACAAGGGAAUUGACUUUUGGAUGAGACCAGUCAAUACGAUUGCUGACAUAUGGAAUUUAAUCAGCAUAGGAUGCAAAUUUCCAAGUGUACUCAAGAUCAGGAUCACCAACAAGACAACACAUCGACAAAGCAGCUUGUUUCUGUUUGACUUGUUGCAGCCUGCAUUCAUCCCAGUGAACAUGGAAGCGAAAAAUAAAGACCACAUCUAUUCUAGUUUUACUCGAUUUCGUGCGCUUGUGGAUUAUGUCACGGAACAAGUUCAAGCUUCAGCUGUAGUUACUGAUUAUUAUGUAUUGACUCAUCUUGUAGCAAAAUUCAUCUGUGGCCAAGGCUAUUUGUUAAUAUUUGCUCAUUUGAAUCAAUGUUUAAGGUUCAAUCGAGAGGAAUGUUUCAUGACUUUAGAUCUAUUAGAGAAGAUAAAAAAGAUAAAGACUACUUCACUUGCCAAUAAUUCAUUUUCAGAUCAAAAGACCUCUCAUCAUAAACCCAAGGAUUACAAAGCAAAAUAUGAGCAAGUAAAACAAGUGAUUGCUCAACAACAAGACAUGAUUCAACAAUUAAAUUCAGAAAAUGAAAAGUAUCAUGGUGUAUUAAACGCAAACAAAAAGAUAUAUGAAGAUGCCAUGGGUAAAAGAAUAGUGAGAAGCCCAUAGACUCACUUGGAGUACAUAGCUCAACUUGAAAAACAAAAAGAAAUCACUAUUCGAGACAUGCAAACAAAAGCACAAAAGUCAUUGAGCUUGAUCAUCAAAAGACAUCUUCAGAAAGAACAAAAGCUCAAAAAGUUAGCUUUCUUUCGUAUCUCGACAUUAAAAUCAGAAAAGAAAUCCUUGCAGACCAAACAGCAACAAUGGGAAGAAAAACAAAAGUGCUUGAAAGAGAAAAUGGAAAAAUUAAGAAUCAAAGGUAUUCGAUUAGCAAGUCAUUUCACAACAACUAAGUCUAAACUGCUGAAUGAAAUCAAUGGCCUUAGAAGAGAAAAGAAGGAAUUUAGAGAA